UCAGUUGAAAGAUAUUAAAUUAUUAAAAUGUCUGAAGAUCUCACUGUAUACAUGCACGUUCUUUCACCUUUCGCAACGAUGGCUGUGUCAUUCAUCAAUCACUUAGGAUUACCCUUUACUGAGCAUAGCAUUAACAUUGCUACUGGGGAGCAUAAAAGAGAAUGGUAUCUUAAUAUCAACCCUGAGGGGAAAAUCCCAGCCAUCAAGCAUGGUGAUGUCACCAUAGGGGAUAGUCUUAAAAUUUGUAAAUAUCUAGUAGAAGUUAACGAACUUGAAACCCCUGCAUAUCCUUAUAAAGAUACCAAAGCAUGUGAAGAAAUAGAAGUAAAGCUGAGAUAUGUCGAAGAUAUGGAGGCCAAAUCCAAGCUUCUCAUAAGAGAAGGCUACUUCAACCCAAUUUUCUUCGGAGGAGUGGCUAUCUCUCAGGAAGAGUUCCUCCAAAAGCAAAAAGAUCUCCAAGAUGUGUAUCAAAAUUUAGAAGAUAUGCUAGCUGAGAAUGAGACCAAGUUCUUCUGUGGAGACGAGAAUGCUACUCUAGUUGACUUCUACUAUUUUAAUAUCAUGUAUCAUGCUGUGGACAAGGAUCUAAUUUCUUUAGAUGAUUUCCCAUUGUUGCACAAGUGGUUCCAAGAAGUCUCACAGAUAGAAAGCAUUAGAGCCAUCAGGGCUAGAACUACCAGACUCAUGAGACUAGUUCAUGUUUACGGCAACUACAUCAAACCUGUGAUCGAUUGUGUUCUGUGCAAAAGAAGAUAGGUAGUGAUUUAGUAAUUUAGCUUGGAAUUUCAACCAAA